AUGCAUUGGAUUAUUCUAGUUCCAGCGAUAGAAAUCCUCAGUCUCACCAAGCUCCUGGCCACUCUCACCCGUCUCCUCAUCACACGACCGUCGUGCGUGAUCACUCGAAUUGGUUCAACUGAAACACUGUUAAAUGCCAGUUCCAGCGCACGACAUCAUCCUAAUGCUCUUUGGACCAAAGAUCUCUCGUCUGCCAUCAGUGCGGAGGGUCCUGCGUGGUCUAAAGGCUAG